AUGGGAGGGGGACACCAGUACCAGCAGCAGCAGCUCUUGCAGCAGCUGCUGCUAUUUUUCGACUUGCCGCCGACUUGCCGCUGCAGCCGCGCAGUCCGCAUGCGCUAUUUGCUGCUAGCGAAGCAGAGACAUCCGGAUCAGCGGCCUGCUGCUGCUGCAGCGUCGGCAGCAGCAGACUUUGCGCAGCUACAGUGCAACUAUGAGCGCCUGAAGGCACUCUUGGAGGGAGAAGCUGGAGCAGCUGCCACGCAGUCUACUCAUGGCCGAUGGAAGCAGCAGCAGCAGCACCAGCAUUACCAGCGUCACCAGGGCGCCGCAAACAGAGAGCAAUGGUGGUAUCAUCAACGGCAGCAGCAACAGCAGAGGUGGCAGCAUUGGGAGGAGCAGCAACACCAGUGGAGGCAGCAGCAGGCCAAUGCUUACAAAUAUUGGGAAGAGGAACAUUGGAAGGAGCAGCAGCAGCAGCAGCAGCGACGCGCAUACCACACACCCUUCACGGGCGCUGCCCGGGGCUUCGGACUUGCCUUUGGGAUGACUGCUGCUUUCUGGCUCACAACUCCUCGCAGCAGCAGCAGCAACAGCAACAGCAACAGAAGGAGCAGCAGCAACGUGGUUGCUGAUGGUCACAUGCGGCAGCAGCAGCAGCAGCAGCUGGCACAGCGGCAGCGCAUGCGGAAGCAAAGGAUGCUGAGCGAGUCGAGGCGAAAGCAGCUGCAGAAGCACAUGCGGCUGCCUCUAGAAGGGGGCCCCCGGCCAGACUCAGAGGUCCACAGCAGCAGCAGCAGAAGCAGCAGCAGAGACAGCCAGCACCUGCAGCAGCGGGAAAAGGGGAAGCUGCUGAGCGGCAUGGCUGCAGGGUCUGCGGUGGCUGCUGCAGCGCUUACAGGCCCGCAUGCCAGCUGCAGCAACGCAGCAGGCCAGGACCCCAGCAGUGGCGAAGGCAGCAGCAGCAGCAGCAGCUUGGCUGUGCCGCGGGACCCUAAGGCGUGGAGGGACGAGCUAAUUAAGAUUGGCCACCUGGUGCAGCAGCCGGACGCUUUCUUUGACGACAGCACAAUCGACAGCAGCAGCUACAGCAGCAGCAGCAGCAGCUACAUGGGCCUGCCUUUUCACGCUGAUGGCGGCGCGCCGGCCGACGCAAUAGGACUAGCUGGCAGCAGCAGCAGCACUGGAGUGGAGGCAGCAGCAGCAGCGUUGGGGAGCAGCCAAUUCGAUGACUCGCUGCCCCAAGGCCAUUUGGCUGCAGAGGGAUCCGAGGAUGCAGCAGCAGCAGCAGCAUACUAUUUACCCAGACGCAGCAAAACUGCGGGGAACAUGACGGAAAGUGAUGAUUUCUAUGCAACCAGGUACAUACACCGCGCAGUGCGGGUGAUGAAGCGAAGGAACUUUGAAGGUUUCCAGGGGCAGAAGCGGCAGCAAGAGCAAGAGGCGGAGAGCCAGCAGCAGGUGCAGCAGCAGCGGCUGGCGCUGCAGCCCGAGCCGCAGCAGCUGAUGCUGCAGCGCCAGCCGCAACAAUUGCAGCAGCUGCAGCGCCUGGAGCUGGCGCACCCGCAGCUGCACACUGCCAGCGAGCUGCUGCAGCACCAGCUGGCGCAGCAGCAGCUAGUCCUCCAAAGAGAAGAUGUGGACCUCCGGCCCCCCCACUCGGGGCCUGUUUUUGCGUAA